UCUAGCUGUGUGGCUGAGGUUUUCUCCUGGAGAAAUAGGAAUAAUACACAGAAACUUGAGGUUUUAUGGUCCAUGAUGUCUGUGAAGAGCUGGAAUGUCACAGGGAUAUCAUCUUCACCCAGACUUAUUCCUCAGAGGAAGGACUUAAGAUUCCUCAUAAAUAAGAUCCUGAAGGACAUAAAGAUUGAUGAAGAAAUAAAAAAUGAUGUGGUUGUUCUCAACGACUGGCCUGAGACUCUCUACCAAGAAUCUCACCACCCCCAGAACAAGCCUUUUGUCUGCUUCUACUUCAUUGACGUCAACUACUUUGUCUCCUUAAACUGGGUGGAACUAUACGGAAAACAAAUGCAGGCAGUGCUUUGGGUACAGAAAAAAGAUACAACUAUGAAAGGAGCGAUUGAGAAAGUGAAGUUUCAUGUGAUGGAACAAGUACCACCUAUCGAAGCAAUGGUCCACACAGGUUCCUACCACAUGUUAGUUGCUUACUGUGGUGACCUGUGCCUGAGGCUCUUUGGAGAUCACCAUCAAGCAUUCACAUCCCUGGGUACCGUUCCCUGCCGUUUCUCCAUCAGCUGCCUCUGCUAUGACUCAGAAACUGAGAUGCUGCUGUCUGGUAUCUUGGGGGCUGUCGUUACCUGGUUUAUUUUACCAAAUGGCAGGGGCCUCCAGAUGGCUCACACAGUGCCCAUCCCUGGUGGUGAACUUGUACAGGGCUUUUCACUGAAUAGUGCCCAGGGCUCCCUGCAGGUUCAUUCUGAGAAUACCGUAAGAGUCUUCACCCACCAGGGUCAGGGCCAGUUGGAAGAAGUAAAGAAGUUCACCCUUGUAACCAGUGGUUCCUCCAUCACUUGCUCUUGUACUUGUGUCUCUCAGGGCACUUUCUACGCAGGAAACAGAGCUGGAGAGAUCCAUGCUUGGAGUUUAGAUAAGAGUAACUUCCUCCACAGCUUUCAGGCCCAUUCUUUUUCAGUGGUAUGUAUCCAUAGUAGGCCAGAGACCUACACUUUACUAACGGCAGGCAGUGAAGGCGUAUUGAAGGAAUGGAAUCUUGCUUCUGGGAACUUGCUGAGGCAACUGAGUGUUGAUAAGAAUCUACAGCAACUGAAGUUUAUUGAUAGCACCACUUUUUUCUGCCAGAGUGCAUCUACUUUCUCACUGCACCACCUGCCCUACUUUUAUAGCCUUUUCAAUGUCUGUGGUUCUGCUCCCCAGCAGCUGCAGCGCGUCUGCUGUGGCCAUAAUUGGUCUCGGAUCUUGUGUGUCACUGAGGAUGGUUUAUUGCGUUUCCUGUCUCCAGUAACAGGGGAUCUGUUGGUUAUCACAUGGCCUCUACUUGUCAUGAAUAAGGCUGUGGCAUGGGCUUAUGACUCAAACAGAGAGGAGCUCUUUGUGGCAAUAGACAGUUCAGAGGUGCUGGUUUUUGAUACCACACGCUCUCCUUGUCCAGCCAAGUAUCUUGUGCGCACUUCAGAAAAUCCUAGAGAUAAAGUAAGAUGCCUGGCCUAUGGGAGGUCCCAUUUGGGUAUGGGCCUGGAAGGGCUGAUGUUCUGUGGAUAUGAAAGUGGCAUUGUGAGAAUCCUCUCCCAUUGCAGUUUUGCACGAAUAGAGAAGACCAUCCACACUGGGGCAGUGUUAUCCUUGUCUACCCUGGAAGGUUCCCAAGAAAACUCCUUACUCUGUUCCUAUGGCAAGGAUAACACCAUACACCUGACAGAAGCUGUGCUUCAAGACAGCAAGGUUAUCUUGCAGCCCGUCAGCAAAGUUCUUUGUGGUUGUCCUCUAAAGCACUUGAUGCUAUUGCCAGGUUGUGUGGCUGCUAUCAGCGAGAACUCCGGUUGGUGUCUCUGGUGCUAUCAAGACUUCCUGAUUCCAUCAGAAUCAAAACAAAGCUUUAUGUUUGGAGAGACAAAAUGCCUGCAUGAAUGUGCUGUCACUUCAUUUGAUGUCUGCCUUUCCCUGAAACUUUUUGUCACAGGGGCCAUUGAUGGUUCAGUUCGGAUCUGGGAUUUCCGGGGUAGACUUGUAACUCAGUUGGACUCAGCAUUGCAGUUUGGAUCGCUCUGCUUUGCCAAUAAUCGGGGUGAUCUACUUUUGACUAUCAACCAGAGUAUCUAUAUAGUAUCCUGUUUAAAAUUGCUGCCUCCAGCUAGGCUGAUUCACUUAUGUAGUCUAAACAAUGUAGAUGAAAUACAAGAAAUUCCUAAGCCCUUCCUGCCUAGCUUCCUCUUUUUGUUUGAAAAGGUAUUUGUACCAAAAUUUGUCUACCUGGGACAAGGCUUGCAGGAAUUACAGGGACUAGAAACCCUUGUUAACAAACGAGUCAUUGCCUUUGAUAACACUGUGCCCCAUGUUGUAGAGGAGAGCCGUGUGUCCCUUGUGGCUCAAGACAUAUCCAACUUGCAGUUUUUGGAGGAUAAAGAUAUUGAUUUCUCUACUCCAGAGCUCAAGCAGAAUCGACGCCCAUCUGUGGUUCCUGCUCAAUUACAGCUGGCCAGCUGGGAUGGACUCAAUACCUACCGCAUGUUGCAGUGCUUCUUUGGUCGAGGGAAGCAGUGGCCCUUUGCUCCUGAUUGCUACAUCCCCAACUCAGUGAUCCGAGCCUCUCUUUGGCCUGAGGGUACCCCAAUCUUCCUCUGCCAUGAUUUGUAUUUACCCUACCAAGAUAAGGACUGGAACAUGACUGAAUUCUUAAGACCAGAGCCACGAUCACCCAUAACUCUAGAUAAAAACAUCUCAAUGAGUAAACAGAAAGAUAAACCCAAGGAUCAAAAGAGAAUUUCCUUUAAUGUCCUUGAAGAUACAACAAACCAAAAUUGGGUUGGGAGAAAAUUUAGUGAAGGGUUAAUAAGCAACUUAAUAGAGACCAUUCUCAACCUCACAGCUUAUUGUUCUGUCGAGAAAUAUAAGAAAUAUUUUGAUAUCCUGGAGCAAAUUUUGGCCACUUCCCAAAUAUCUUCAAAGUCGCGCACUGAGAUAGCCCGUCGCUUACUGAAAGAUACAACCCAUUACAAUCCAUAUAUUCGUAAGCUAGCAUGGGAGAUGUUAGAGAGGCUGGGUUUCAUGAGCCAUCUUUUUGCUGUCCCACUGGCUAUGGGAUUGAUGGACAGUGAUAAGAAUGUGCGGACUAAGGUGUCAUACCUUAUGACUAGAGUUACAGGCAUCCAAACCAAGACUGGGCUUAUUCGCUUGCUGAAGAAACAAGAAAUUCUCCAGGAAAUGUGGCUGGAAACUAUUGGGGAAGCCUCUCUUGGCCAGCUACUGGGAAUUCAAGCUAGUGAUAUCCAGUGCAUGCUUACUCACGUGCAGUGGCGGCUAAAUGAAAAUCUGACCUUGUCACAUAAAGAUAAACCAUUUAGUUUUUCUUUUGCUGUACCAAAAGAUGAAGAACUUGAGCUCUCUGUUGAACAAACAUUCAUACCUUUGCCAGAACCUGAAAAGAACAUUGAACUGAAGAACAGAAAGAAACGUAUUCAAGCAAAGAGCAGAGAACUUAUUAAAAAGGCCCUGAAAGUUGCCAGAACAUAUGGAAAGAUACAGUUUAAAAAGAUAGAGUUUAAAAAGGUUAGCUCUAUGACUGUGACUUCAGAGGAUUCACAGGAAAAAGAAAAGGUCAGAAAGUCAGAGCAAGUUGACACUAAGGAGGUUGCUGUGGAACCAGAAGUGCUACCUAGUACUUUCAGCCCAGUUGAACACCAGGAUGAUGCUGAAACAAAAGAGAGCAUGUUGGAGGCGACUACAGAGGCUGUGCAGAUCACAGAGAACACAGAGACGAUAGAUGAACAUAGUGGGAGAGAUGUUGAAGAAGUCAUUUCUAAGCUGGAAAGACGAGAACGCAUUAAAAGACUUUGGAAAAGGACAGCAAGAAAAAGCCAAAGAUUAGCAGAGAAGAAGUGGGAAGAGAAAAAGACUUCACAGGAUAUUUCAGAGGUGACUGCAGAAGAGCCCAAAGAAGAAGUUAAAGAAGAAGUCAUACAGAUUUCUGAACCAGAAGAAGAUACCAAGAAGAAACAUAAAAAGAGUCAUGGUUUAGCUGGGAUCCCUGGACGUGUAUCUAGACCAAAUAUUAGGUCUUGGCGGGAUGACAUUUGCCAUCUUGUCACCUCAAGGAUAGCAAGCUCCUGUCCAGGAAUGUUAAGAGAUCUGGGGAAAGAACUGGUAGAACUGGCUCAGGUUGUACUUGCUGACCAACAGCCCAGCUGGGAUCUCUUCAAAGAAAUGUGUCCCCUUUUAAAGGACUCAAGCUCAUUUUCAUCAAAAUUGCGUGAUGGAAAAAUGGGAGAACUACCUAUCAAAACAGAAAAUGUGGUUAUAGGGGAUGUCAAUGAUGAAGGGCCAGUAGUACUGAGAAAACAAGAGGUUAAAAAAGCGAUUAAAAAACGUGUGAAAUUUUCUCCAAAAGUCAAGAAGGAGGUUUUGUUCUUAGACGAUCACCCAGCCUUAGAGAAAGGAAAAUUUGAGAAGGUAGUAAGGAAACUGGACAGGAAAGUAGGGAAAAUAGCUGAGGAAGAAAGAAAACCGACGGAGCCUGAGACAAUGUCAAUGCAAGAAAAGCAGAAAAUAACCAAGGAUAAAAAGGAAUGGACCUACCCAGAAGAAAGAAUGCCCCAGAAAAAAGUACUUAUUCCCCAACAAAGGAAAUCAAAUAUAACUGACAAGAAAGUACUCCAAGAAGAAAAGAGACUAAUUGGAAAAGAGAGGAAGUUACUUGGAAAAAGAAAGAAAAAAAUGUCAGAGGAGGGGAAGCCAAGCCUGAAAAGGAACUGGGAAAAGAUUAUGCAGGCUGGCAAGGAAGGCUUACCAGCCAGGGAAGAGGGGUUGUUAUUCCCAGAAAGUAAAUUAGGUGAGGAAGACAAGGAAGUGAUCCUGGAUGUAGAAGAACAAGAGAUAGAAAUAACUGAAGAAGACAGAUCAUAUAUUGUGGAAAGAAGUAAAAUUGAAGGUCAUAGCCCAUAUGUGGAAGUAACCAGGGAAGAGAAAGAACAGGCUCAAAAAAGAGGACUAAAAGGUGACAAACUGGCCACCAAAGAGAGAACACUGACUGAUGAAGAGAGAUUGGAGGAGGACCAAAGGUUAUUAGAGAUGGUCCAGGACAAGAUUUUACUUGAUAAAAUUCAAGUAAAGACCACAUUAAAGAAGUUUCAGGAACAAAAUCUUUUAGAAACAAAGCAGAUAGAGGAGCUUCUGGAGAAAACUGAGGAGAAUGAAUCAGAAAAGACCCAAUCAGGCCUGCAGGGAAAAGAGGAAAUGGUGCUGAAAGUGACAGAUAAUUUGGAUUUGAAAAAAAGACAGGGAAGCCAACUUCUUGGAGAACCUCUCAGGACAUGUUUAUUGGAGAAACCGAAGGGUAUGUUCUCACAAGCCAUGGCAACAGGCUUACAGACCCAGAUCCCAGAAACUCUCCAAAGGCCAUGGUUCCAAUUUUCUGAUAUUACAGAAACUCAGGAACCAAAACCAAAAGGUGACAGAUGGAUGUGGAUGUUGCGGGAUCAAGAUUCUCUGUUGGGGAAAACUAAGAGUCAGGCUCCAGCCCCAGCCUCUUCAUUUGAAAGAUUAGCUGACUAUAUCUCAGAUGAGGAUUUAAUUAACAAUACCUUAACAAAGCUGGAAGCAGGGAAACAACUUUCCAGGGAUAGUGUGCAUCGACUGAAAAAACUUCUGAGACAGUUUACUCCAGAGGGAUCCUUGUUAAGUCUCUCCAAACUUAAGGCCAUUACUAAACACCUCAGUCGGAACCUAGACUUAAGUCACACUGACAUUUCACGGCCUUGUAAGGAUGGUUUGAGUCCAGUGUGCUUAAAAGUGAUCCCCCCAAUUAUCAGAAAAGAAAAAGAGAGCUGGCUGGAGCCAUUCUCUAUCCCUACAUCAAUGUUACCAUCAGCUACCAAUAAGACUCAAACUCCACAGGCUCCCAAUUGGCAUCUUUUGGAUGGGUCCUAUAAGGAGAAGCAAAUACAGCAGCUAUCCAAUGCUGUUAAAGAGAUGGAGACACGACAUUUUUGUCCUACCAAAAGAGACCUCUUCACAGGUGCCCAUGCCUCUGUGGACAGACAAAUCCUGGCACUAAUGCUUCAGAAAGACCUUAGGGCCUUUAAGCAUAAGGGCACAUUUCCCAAAUUGCCCAAGUUGGAGAAGAAGACACAGCCUAUCUCACAAAAAAAGGAAAAGGUCCCUCCAUGGGAGACCUUUGUGGCACUGUACUAUGUUUUGAGGAUGCUACAACAGCGAUAUGUGAAAGACACUACUGCUUGGAUGGAACAGUUUCAUCAACUCAUGGACUUAUACCAACUGAAGUCCCCCAGAGUCCAGAGGCUGCUACAAGAUUUGCUACUGGGGGAGGAGCCUCAACCCAAACAGAUCAUUUACAAAGAGGCCCUGCAGGCCACAGGGCUAGUAACUGGAGAACGGGUGUUCUGCUGUCUGGUUUGUGGUCAUUCCCAUACCCCUGCCAGUUCCCUCAAGUUCCAGAAUGUGAUGCCCAUCCCUGGGCAGAAUAAGGUGCACACUAUCCAGUCUGUGGGAAUUGCCCAGUAUGGGUUCUUAGAACUUGCGUGGAAAAGCCUACCACAAGUCAAUCCUUCCCACAUUGAGAGACUGUCCAACACCUCCACUCUCUGAUUUGGCCUAGUAUUAAGAUUUUGAGAUCCUGCUAAAAAUCAUGAGAUUCGGCC